AUGCUUUGAAACAUGUACCGUAUUAUGCAUCUUCUCUCUCUCUGCCCAGCCGCCACUGCCAGCAACCUUGAAUGCAAGCUCAUCAACCGUGAUGGGACGACUGGCCUGCUGGUGAUGCUCUCAACAAGGUGGCGAAGUAUUGGGGGAGGAGAAGAUCUAAGUAGUCCAACUGACUGCAUUAACAAUGAGGAAGCGCGACCUUGGCAUCCUCCUACUGGCUGCUUUUGCAAUUCUCGUCUGCCUUCAGAAUGAAGGCCAAUUCUCGUUUCAAGAGGAGUGGUCACAUGACAGCCAGCCCGCGGGCAUGCUUGCUCUCGAGGGUGACCCGCUCCCGCCGCCAGUGGUGGCAGACCUCAACGGCGAUGGGCGCAGCGAGGUGGUCAUUGUGACCCAUGAUUCAAAGCUUAUGGUAUUGGACCCCGGGCGCAGGAGCAAGGCCGGCCUCUUCAAGCAGACGGUCGUUCGAGCACAGACCUCCCUCCUUCCGUCCAGAGUCCGUGUAGCAACAGGGCGCACUCCAGUGGCUCUGGCCGCAGGCAGCCUAGACGGCCCCAGAAACAGUCCCCGGGAGGGCGCCAGAAAGCAGGUCAUAGUGGUGGUCACCGCGGGGUGGUCGAUCCUGUGCUUUGACCACAACCUCAAGCUGCUGUGGGAAAACAACGUCCAGGAGGAUUUCCCCCAUGGUGCGCACCACCGCGAGGUGGCCAUUCACAUUGGCAACCACACCCUGCGCUCGGGGGACCGGGGUUCCGUCAUUGUGGGGGGCAGCAUGGAGGUUGCCCCACAGCUGGCGGACCCCCUGGCGGCGGAGCUGUCAGCAGAGGAGGCGGCCGCCAAGCUGAGGAGAUCAGCUGACAAGAAAGCGAACUUGGAGGACGUCACUGGCGGUGCGGCUGGCACCAAGGAGCGCCACUUCUCGUACUACGCGUACUCGGGCGGCGACGGCGCGCUGCGGUGGAAGCACGACAGCAAGGACUUCCGGCGCGACGGCAGCGCGCUGAGCGAGCAAUUGCUGCCGCAGCACAACUACAAACUAGACGCGAGUGCGCUGGGGGCGCGCCACUUUGGGGAGGCCGAGUGCCGCGAGUUCCGGGAGGCGGUGCUGGACGUGAUGCCGCACCGAUGGGACCGGCGCAGUGACACGCACUUUGAGCUGGCCCACUUUGAGAAGCACCGGCGGCGAACCCCGCCGGGCGGCAAGGCAACCCCCGGCCCUCACUCGUCCCACAAAGGAGCUCACGGCAAGGAUCACAGCAACCCGGUAACGCGCGCGCUGGGGAAAGCCGCGGAGCUGGCCACCAAGCCGCGGGCAGCCAAGGCCAACAGCAGCCACGCGGGCGUGACCAACGCGCUGGUGGCCCAUUUGAAGGAGGGCAUCGAGGCGAUCCACCUGUACAGCGGGCGCACCAUCUGCAAGCUGCUGCUGCCGCCGCACCAGCUGCAUGCUGACGUCAAUGGUGACGGGGUCCUGGACCACGUGCAGGCGUCGGGCGGGCACGGCCAGGAGACCGUCGUGGUCCCCGGGAUGAACGAGCCCCUCAAGCCGUGCUGGGCUGUAGCAACCUCGGGCGUCCCCGUGCGCGAGCAGCUGUUCAACGGCACCAUCUGCCGGCCCGCGUCCAUGUUCAGUGAGACCAACUUCGCGAGUCGCCACUUUGGCCGGGCGCCGCACGACGACUUCGCCUCCCUCGAGGUGGCAACCCCUGUGCUCAUGCCGAUUCCCGACGGUCACCGCCACCGGCGCAACAGCCGCGGCGAGGCCAUCUUCCUCAACAGCCGAGGGGAGGUGACGGCGUACAACCCCGAGGCGCUGCACCACCGGCACGGCCAGCGGCGGUGGCAGGUCGCGUCCCCCGCCAGCUGGUCCAACCCGUUCACGCCAGCGGGCGUGCAGGCCGACCGCUCCGUCCCCACGCUCCUCGCCAUGCCCCUGCGGUCGGGGGGAUCCCCCGAGCUCAUCCUCGCGGCCGGGGACAAGGACGCGGUGCUCAUCUCCCCCACCGGGAGCCGGCUGGUGGAGUUUUCGCUGCCAGCGAAGCCAAUCGCGCCGCUGUUGGUGGCGGACUUCAAUAACGACGGGCUGAAUGAUUUGAUACUGACGAGCUUCGAGGGGUAUUACGGGUUUGCGCAGGUGCGGCAGCCCGGGGCGUUGAUGUUUAGCACGCUAGUGGGGUGCCUGAUCGUGGCGAUUGCAGUCGUGUUUCUGUUGCAACACUUUAACCAGCCUAAGGGAGGCCGGCCUGUUCCUUCGAAACGGGCCACGGACUAAGAGUUUUAUUAAGCCUAUCUGCUCUUGAGCGCGCAUACCAGCAAACAGCUGCACAUGUGGAUAUUUCCAGACGGACUCGGUGCGGAAUCGAACCGAGUAAAGUUCGACGCGGGUCAACAGGUGAUGACGCGUUUAAGUAGGGGCCUGGCAUGCCUGCAACGGCUCCAACCAGAUGUCAUUUGUUAUCCACCACCCAUGAGAUGUCGGACCUGGAUACAUGACAGCCUUUCGUGACAAAUCCAUCUAUUCAGUCGGAG